AUGGUACGACGAAAUAUCAAACAUUUUCCUAUUGAAACAAAAACAAAAAACAAUCUUUUAACCAAACGUUUCCUAAUUUUUAUAACCGGAACACAGUUGUACACUUCCUUUGCAAUUAUUUUGGUCUUAACGACAUUGGCCAACGGACAAGGGUUCUUACCCCUUGGGAAAAUCAGGAAGGGUACACCUGAGGCAAUGGACGGGCAGAGUAACGACGUUUACGAACAGAUGGAAAGAUCGAAACAAGUUUCAGCCCUUCCGGGCGGAAUGGCAGUGCUCUACGCCUCGGCUCCCAUUUUUUCACCGACGAGCAAAGAUCCCGAAGGCGCUGCGGAAGUUUAUCAAAUCCUUCCAGAAGAAGAGGCCGUCCAGCAGGGCGUCAAUAGCCGUCGCUUACUAGAAGAUGCCCUGAUUGAAAUGGGAUUUCCGCUGGAGGAAAUCACCGAAUACCGGAACGGCCGUGUAAGAAAAAUCCAUUCCAAACCUACCGAUGGGCAGACGGAGGAUGAAAGUUCAGUUGGAGAACCUACUGAUAAUGCUGAAGCUAUCUUGGCCGCUUUGGCCGGGCCACUACCUUACAUCCGUCGCGGCGCUUGGGGUAGGAAAUAAUUCAGU